UCUUGUUGCAGCGGCUACAUUGUGUCUCCACUGAUCAGCUGUGCAUUCAAAGGGAGAAGCAGCGACGGGCUCAGGCAGGCACGAUCGUUUCCGCGGUGUGUUUGGCAAAAUUGAUAGCCCUUCUCUCUUUUGUUGUGUUUCAUUUAUUUAGAAAUCUGGUGAAACGGAAAAGGUAAUAAUAACAGUGCAAUGGCUCACCGCGGACAGUCCGUAGCAAGUUCUCAGAAAGCCCUGAUGUUGGAGAUGAGGAGUCUGCAGGAGGAGCCAGUGGAGGGGUUCAGAAUCACUUUAGUGGAUGAAGCGGAUUUGUAUAACUGGGAAGUGGCAAUUUUCGGGCCCCCGAACACGCACUACGAAGGCGGAUACUUUAAGGCUCGUAUUAAAUUCCCGGUUGAUUACCCCUACUCUCCACCAGCUUUCAGAUUCCUGACCAAGAUGUGGCAUCCCAACAUCUACGAGAACGGCGACGUGUGCAUCUCCAUCCUCCACCCCCCAGUGGACGACCCUCAGAGCGGAGAGCUGGCUUCGGAGAGAUGGAACCCCACCCAGAACGUCCGGACCAUCCUGCUCAGCGUGAUCUCCCUCCUCAACGAGCCCAACACCUUCUCCCCAGCCAACGUGGACGCGUCCGUCAUGUACAGGAAGUGGAGGGACAGCAAGGGGAAGGACCGGGAAUACGCAGAGAUUAUCAGGAAGCAGGUCCUGGCGACGAAGGCGGAGGCGGAGCGGGACGGGGUGAAGGUGCCCACCACGCUGGCAGAGUACUGCGUGCAGACGAAGGCACCGGCGCUGGAUGAGGGCUCUGAUCUCUUCUACGACGAUUAUUACGACGACGAGAUGGACGAGGACGAGGAGGACUGCUGCUACGUCGAGGACGACUCCGGAACGGAGGAGUCGUGACGCCGGCCGCCUUUAGAAUAAAAAGAACGAACUGAAACGGACAGACUCGCACGCAAAAAAAAAAAACUAAACA